AUGGUGGUUGUAUACGGAGUUGGAGGAACCAGAGAGAUUAAAGGCACAGUUUGUGAGCGUUCAAUUGCUGCAGAACUAACUGAUCGUCUGAGUGCGCCUGGCUCCAUGACACCAAGUGUGGAAGGAAUUGAAGCAAACGUUGUAUUUAUUGGUUUAGGUGAUUCUUUACGAGAUGAAAAAGCUUUAGAUAAAGAUUUCGGUGAAGGAAAUUUAUUUGUCAAAGAUUUUGAUCCGUUGGGAGAUGACGAUGAUUUUGAUAGAUUAGAAGAAGACAUUGUUUGCGAUGAUGAAAAUUUUGAUGCGGAUUUUUUACAUUCCAUUCCACAAAAAUCAACUAAUUUGCCAUUAUCAAAGCAGACUUGA